CAACCUGGGAGAGACUUCAGCAGCUGCUGCCUGUCCUGCGUCUGCUUUCUGUCCCGUUCUUCCUAUCUGCAGUCACUUCUCUCCUCAUAGGCUCGAGCCAGCACCCCAUGCGCACACAGAACACAUACACACACACACAAACACACGUGCGUGCGUACAUCCACCAGACCAGCUAUGGCAGACAACACUGGAGGGCAGACUGCUGGUCCAGUUCCGGUACAAACGGCGGAGAAAAAGGUGGAGAUGAAAAGUGAAAAGGACAAAAAGCCAGACCAGGCAGGAGCUGAGGGGGCAGUAAAUGGAGCAGCAGAUGGAGCAGUGAAUGGACCAGCAGAUGAAGGAGCAGUGGAGAAUGGGGAGUUUCUGCUGGAGCCCUUUGACCUGCCUCCACUUGAAGUCAUCGCUGGGGUGAGGAUAGACCCUUUCUCCUUCAAGUUCCAGUUCCGGAACGUGGAGUACUCGUCCGGCCGGGGCAAGAUCUUCCUGUGCUACAUGGUGGACUCCGAGGGCAACGACAGCCGCGGGCUGCGGGGGUGCCUGGAGGCGGAGCACCUGGGCCCGCACCCGGAGGAGGCCUUCUUCCAGCGGGUGCUGCCCGAGUACGACCCCAAGGUCAAGUACCUGGUCACGUGGUACGUGUCGUCCAGCCCCUGCACGGAGUGCGCCGCCAAGCUGAUCGAGAUCCUGCGGGCGCGCCCGACCCUGCGCCUGGUCAUCUACUGCUCCCGCGUCUUCCUGUGGGAGGAGCCGGAGAUCCAGCAGGCCCUCAGGGCCCUGGCCGGGGCCGGCUGCAAGCUGCGCAUGAUGAAGCCCGCCGACUUCCUCUACAUCUGGGACGCCUACGUGGAAAAUGAGGGCAAGGCCCUCGACCUCUGGGAGGACUGCCAGGACAACUACGAGUACUACGAGACCAGGCUGGCGGACAUUCUGCCCUGAGGCUUUGUCUUUCUCAGGGCUCGGGAAUCCCAGCGCACCAGAAGAAUCUCCGUGGUGCCACCUUUCCCCCCUGUGUUUUCGCUGGGCCCGUCGCUCCUCCUAAAUCUGUUCCCCCUGACUGGUGACCUGUCCGGACUCGCUCGCCCAGGGGAUUUUCCGGUGCCCUUGCCCAGGAGAUUUUCCGAGCUCAGCAGUGGAGCCUCCUAUUGUGGCGGGAGUUUAUCGCUCAACAGUGCCAACUUACGCUCCAGGAAUAAUUCGGCAUUUGCGAUCUGGGCUUCUCCAGCGGCUGUACAUAGAAUCCGACACUGAUCACACUAAAAAGGAACUCGGAAUAUCAGCAAAAAAUAAAUAAAUAAAUAAAUAAAAAAAGAAAGAACAUCAGAAAUUCA